CCCCCGCCUCCUCCUCCUCCUCCACCCCUGUGCAUGUCUAUAAAAGGAGAGCUACAACUUCCGUUAAUUAAAUUAAGAGAAAUAUUUUAUAAAGAUGGCAAAGUUAUGCAUAAUGUUUUUUCUUCUAGCUCUUGUUGUAGCUGAGGCAACAGCAAGAGUUCUGCCUGUUGACGCGGGUCUGAUUCUUAAUGAGCAGAAGAACAUCCCCACAUUCGGUGGCAUGGGGAAUGCUGGUUUUGGUUUAGCUACCGGUCUUGGCUUUGGCCUUGGCAUGGGUGGACUAGGCGGUCUCGGGGACGCUAUUGGGGCAGGUGGAUUUGGUGGCCUUGGCGGCUUAGGUGGAGGUGCUGGCGGCGGUGGUGGCGUAGGUGGAGGCGCUGGAGGCAGUGGUGGUGCUGGCGGCGGUGGCGGCAUAGGUGGAGGUGCAGGCGAUGGUGAUGCUGAUGUUGGUACCCCACCGGAGAAGUAGAGUUCAGUUAUUAGUUAUUGCUACAAAUGUUGGCCUUCUAUGGUGAAAUCAAUCUAGCAUGGCUUAACACAGUCAAAACAGUGCUUUAUUUCAUUUGUGGGCAUGCUACCAAAAUAUAUUUCACAAGCUUCAACUUAAUAUUCUCAUGUAGAAUUUUCAAUAAAAGCUUUGUUUCAUUUAUAGGCA